AUGAAGUCUGUGCUCAUCACCGGCGGGAACCGCGGGAUCGGACUGGAGACGGCGCGCCAGUUGGGCAAGCUUGGCUACUAUGUAAUCAUUAGCUGCCGCGAUGAGGAGAAGGCGAAGGCCGCCAUCGAGAAGGUGUCCGCAGAGGGUGUGAAGGCUGACUACGUAGUCAUGGAUGUGGUGGAUGAAUCCUCUGUUGCAAAGGCAGCUGGGGAGGUGUCCAAGAAGGUCAACGGCGUUCUCGAUGCGCUCAUCAAUAACGCUGGAUAUAGCGCUCCUUCCGGCGACAUGAGCCGCGUCGACCUCGAUGAGAUGCGGAAGUGCUAUGAGGUGAACGUGAUCGGGGCUAUAUGCGUGACAAACCACUUCCUGGAGAUGGUGAAGAAGUCCCCCGCUGGUCGGAUUGUGAACGUUGGGUCCAUCAUGGGGAGCUGCGAGCUGAACGCCGCCCCCCUGAGCCGCACUCCGUACAGCUGCUCGAAGGCUGCCCUGAACAUGUACACUGUGAAUCUGGCAAGGUCGCUGGAGGAUACGAAGGUGAAAGCGAAUUGCGCUCAUCCUGGGUGGGUGAAGACGGACAUGGGUGGCGCCAAAGCACCAUUGGAAGUCACUGAGGGAGCGGAGACGAGCGUGUACCUUGCCACGCUGCCGCCCGAUGGCCCCACCGGCGGGUUCUUCCACAAGCGCGAUCGUCUGGGCUGGUAG